CGCAUAUACCAAUUUAUUUGUAACAUUCGUAAUUUUAUAAGGAAAGGGCAAAGGUGUGUGUAGAUGUAUAUUGUUUGUAUUUAUUUCUGCACAGCUGUAGUGUCUUUUUCUCGCCUCGGUACAAAAGGACGUAUUUUUUAACGACCCUAGAAAACAAUACAAAUAUAAUAUAAUACAUAUAUUUGAAGACUAACAUAUUUAGUUCGCUUCUAUUGUCUCUGCAGACAACUCGUGAGACGUGUUGUGUCUAUAGUAAAUUUGCGGCAAUAUAGAGUAACUCGGUGAUAACUCUUUUAUCAAUAUUGAUAUACACAUUAAUAUCUUUUUCUAGUUAGUUAAUGAAAAGUAAAAGAGUGUUACAGGUAAUAGAUGCAAAACCAUUACUUAAAAAUUAAAGAAAAAAAUUCUGGCAGCCGAAAACUUAAGUGAACGCCCUACGUUGAACGCUUUGUUAUUGACCUUUAUUUGACAUUUAUAAAAGCGGAGGCAGAACGAAUUAAAGAAAAUCGAGUUUGUGUGCCGCCUGCGGCUGACCAUCUCUUCCUUUUGUAUACAUAGAGCUAAAAACAGUCAGUUUGGUACCAUCAUCAAGAUGAACCGACGAUUUUCUCGGGUGGAGUCUGGUGCAGACCUGAAGGAUUAUUUUGACCGUGGUGAUAUUGCGUCUCGGGAAAAUCGAUGGAACUUUGAAAUAGCAUGGGAAGUAGCUAAUAAAGUCGGUGGAAUAUACACGGUUAUACGAUCUAAGGCAUAUGUAUCAACGGAGGAAAUGGGUGAGCAACUUUGCUUAAUGGGUCCUUACAAAGAGCAUUGUGCACGCACAGAAAUGGAGGAGAUAGAGUUUCCUCGCGGAAAUCCUCUUUUAGAUGCAGUUAAUAUAAUGCGUUCACGAGGUUAUAAAAUACAUACAGGCCGUUGGUUAGUUGACGGCAAUCCGCAACUUAUACUAUUUGACAUCGGUUCAGGUGCGUGGAAAUUAGACCAAUUCAAAUCGGAUUUGUGGGAGAAGUGCCAUGUCGGCGUUCCGCAUUUAGAUGUUGAAACAAACGAUGCAAUCAUAUUGGGAUUUAUGAUUGCUGAAUUCCUUGAAGAGUUUCGAAAUCGUGCUUUAGACUACUCCAGUGUGCAUGAAUUGCAAACCCCUCGUAUAGUUGCCCAUUUCCAUGAAUGGCAAGCAGGAGUUGGCUUAAUAGCUUUACGAACAAGACACAUAGAAAUCGCUACAGUUUUCACUACCCAUGCUACGCUCUUGGGCCGUUACCUGUGUGCUGGUAACACUGACUUCUAUAAUAACUUAGACAAGUUUGCAGUUGAUGAAGAAGCUGGAAAAAGACAAAUUUAUCAUCGGUAUUGCAUUGAAAGAGCUGCCACACAUUUGUCUCAUGUGUUCACAACAGUAUCUGAGAUCACAGGAUAUGAAGCUGAACACUUGCUUAAGCGAAAGCCCGACAUCAUAACUCCAAAUGGUCUCAAUGUGAAGAAGUUUUCUGCCAUACACGAAUUCCAAAAUUUACACGCGGUUGCUAAAGAAAAAAUUAACGAAUUUGUUCGUGGACAUUUUUAUGGGCACAUGGAUUUCGACUUAGAUAAGACACUUUACUUCUUCAUUGCUGGUCGCUAUGAAUUUGGAAAUAAAGGAGCAGAUAUAUUUAUAGAAGCAUUGGCCAGAUUAAAUGCAAUGUUAAAGCAUGAAAAACCAGAUACUACUGUUGUAGCGUUUCUUAUUUUCCCUACCAAGGUUAACAAUUUUAAUGUGGACUCAUUACGCGGGCAUGCUGUAAUUAAACAAUUACGUGAUACCAUCAACAAUGUACAAAAUUCUAUUGGAAAACGUAUGUUUGACUCAUGCGUAAAAGGGCAUAUUCCUAGCCCAGAUGAAAUUCUUACAAAGGAUGAUUUAGUAAAAAUAAAGCGCUGUAUGUUUGCUAUGCAGAGGGAUUCAAUGCCACCAGUAACAACACAUAAUAUUGUUGAUGACUGGAACGACCCAGUUCUGGGAGCGAUACGCCGAUGUAAUUUAUUUAACUCGGUGCAUGAUAGAGUAAAAAUGGUGUUCCAUCCAGAGUUUUUAACAUCCACCAAUCCGCUUUUUGGUAUUGAUUAUGAGGAAUUUGUACGUGGCUGUCAUUUGGGGGUGUUUCCGUCAUAUUAUGAGCCUUGGGGAUAUACACCAGCGGAGUGCACGGUGAUGGGUAUUCCCAGCAUAACUACAAACUUAUCCGGCUUUGGAUGUUUCAUGAAUGAACAUAUUUGUGACCCGAAGUCAUAUGGUAUUUACAUCGUGGAUCGUCGAUAUAUUGGACUAGAAAACAGUGUCCAGCAGCUUUCAGGUUUUAUGAUGGAGUUUGCAAGAUUAAAUCGGCGCCAACGUAUAAUUCAAAGGAAUCGCACAGAGCGUCUUAGUGAUCUUUUAGAUUGGAGAACAUUAGGAAUUUAUUACCGUCAAGCAAGAGUCAAGGCCCUACAAGCGGUAUAUCCAGACUAUGUUGACGAAGGAUCUCUCUAUAGUUCAAGGAGUACAUUAAAUUUUUCCAGACCUUUUAGUGAGCCACCAAGCCCUACAUCCUCGCGACACACUACACCUGCUCCAUCAGUACACGGCUCUGACGACGAAGACUCGGUUGAUGAUGAGAAGGAAUUGAAGGAAUUAGGAAUUAAAUAAAGGAAGAAAAAGCUCCUGUUAAGAAGUUUCAGAUAAUACCAUAUUGUUCCUGAAAAUUAUUUCUACUUAUAUACUAUUCUAUACUAACAUUUUUAAAGCCAAUUGAUAUAACCUGUUAUGUACUAAAAAGAGAUUUAAAAUAAUUUAUUAGUGUUAGAUAAUGGCUAUGAAAAGCAGAACCUCCAACUUGUGUAAGAACCAAUGUACAUUUCAAAUACAUAACUUUUCAACGAAAACUUGGAGAUCAAAUAUAAUAUUUGUACAAACACAA